AUGACAGCACCAGGACGAGUGUGUGGUUUGCAUUUGUUACAGAGGCUGUGUAUUUGGGUUUUAAGGUAGGAAGAGUGUGGUACGCUAUAUGUUAUUAUUUGUUUAAAGAUGUAUGUAAUGUAAGGAAUUUCACAAUGUUUUGUUUCACAAUAUUGUGAAAAUAUUUCUUUAGUUAGUUAGAGUUUAGUAACUUAGAGCAGUUACUUCAUUUGAUUUGCUGGCUGAUGUUAGUAUGUUUAAAAAAAAUUUGGGUAAAUGUUUUUAUCUUCUGCAUUUUCUUGUUAUUGUUGUCUCUGUCUCUAACAAUUGUAUUUCUCUCUUUCCUCAGAGCUGGUCAGUUUGGGGCGGUGUUCAGUUUUUGUAUAGUUCAUUCCAGAGAUUUCAAUCUAACACUGUAAGUUUUUGUGAAAUGAGAUUUGAGUUUUUUCCUGUUUUUUUUUAAAAAUCUGGUAUCGAAUCAGAUAAAUGGAAAAAAACAGCAAGAAGGUCACUCAUUUCUGAAUAUUGAAAGCUUGCAAUGCAGUGAUUACAGUGGAAUGCAGCAUUAACACACUGCACCAUAAUGCAAAUUUGUAAAUAACAAGGUCGUGGCAUGGCGCCCAAAAUUCAUUAGCACAUUUCAAAUAUUUUUUUCAAAGUAUGUGAAGAAAAGAAGUAUAUGAAUUAUUUAUGGUCUUGUACAAUAUAACCACAAAUCAGCACCAUUAUAGCGUCACUAACCACAAUGAGUAAAAAAAAAUGAGUAAAAAAAUAUAUCUGCUUUUUUCUGAAAUCAUCUUCCUACUUUAAUAAAAAUCCCAAAGUAUUGUAAAAACCACACAUUAACAUGAUCCAAUUUAAUGGACCCACCAAUGGAGGUCCCACCAAGAUAUCUUCUUGAGUUGAUUGAGUCCUCAAGUGGAGAAUCCCCCCCCCCCCCCCCCUCCCCCCCCUCUCUCAACUUGUUUCUUUUUCUAUUUCCAGUCUUUUGGCAGCAAGCCUAGUUCUAGUGACUUAGUGGACAGAGGAAACCAGUGCCCUAUAUGUCAGGAUACGGUUAAUGAACCAGUCAUGCUACCCUGCAAGGUAAGAAGACAUGAUCGUUGUGUGUGUCUA